GUGGCUCCAGACGUGGUCCUUGGAGUGAGGUGCGGCAAGGACGAACUGAUGCAAGACUGGCACAGGUUGUCUUCCGUUUUCGAGAACAUUGCGCUUCGCCUUGUGCGCUUAGAAGAGUGCGGUGACGACGCACUCGUAGCUACCACCACCACAAACUUCACUAUUCCCGAGAACACGGUCCAUGAGGUAUUCCCGCACCUGUACGAGCAUGAAUCGCAGUUGGUUAGGAAAUUUGUUGGUCAGCGGGUUGAUAUGUCUGGCAGAACGUAUCUGGAGUGGGACCGCGGGCACACCCGCUUGACAAGUAUCAUCAGCCACUGUGAUCUGCUAACCCCGAUACUUGGACUCGUUGGGAGCGUGGAGAAUGCGUCUCGUGUGUUCGAGAAGUCGAAGAUAUCGCCAGAUUUUCUGCGUCGUGAACCCAGUUCGUCGUCAUAG